ACGAAUUUACGGAGAAAAGGUGUUUGGUAUGUUCUGCGGCAGGGCAGUUUCUUGUCAGAAGCGUAAUGUAGACAUUCAAGGUUUGUGCAAUAUAAGGUGCAACAAUAUUUCACUGAGAGUGCACGCGCUGCAUCAAGGAAGAUUGGUAAUUUCUUUAGUCUUAGGACGUCUUUUGAUAGAAAACAAUCGCAUCCAGAAUGGCUGCGGUAUUCGAUAUUGAAUUGCACGACGUGGAUGCAGUGAAUAGGGACGAGUCGGACGAUGAUGUUAUCGAGAUUGGAGAGGAGGACUACGAUCCUAAUCCUAACGUGAAUGAAAUAAUUGAAUCGGAUGGCGUUGAAACGGUUGCUAUUUCCGAACAAAAUGUUAAUCGUGGGAGAGAAAGAGCUGGACCACAAGAUUUUGAAUUAUGCAAAGUUAUUGGAAAAGGUGGAUACGGAAAGGUCUUUCAAGUACGUAAAAUAACAGGAAACGACAGCGGUACCAUUUUUGCUAUGAAGGUGUUACAUAAGGCAUCUAUCAUAAGAAAUCAAAAAGAUACCGCUCAUACAAAAGCUGAACGAAAUAUUUUAGAAGCUGUUAAGCACCCAUUCAUUGUAGACCUUAUGUAUGCUUUCCAAACGUGUGGUAAAUUAUAUUUGAUCUUAGAGUAUAUGUGUGGAGGUGAACUUUUUCGACAUUUAAAUGACGAAGGAAUAUUUUUAGAGGAUACUGCAUGUUUUUACUUAUCUGAAAUAAUACUGGCUUUGCAACAUCUUCAUUUACAAGGAAUCAUUUACAGAGAUUUGAAACCAGAAAAUAUUUUGUUAGAUGCAGAAGGUCAUAUUAAAUUAACUGAUUUUGGUUUAUGCAAAGAACAUAUACAAGAUGAUACUGUAACACAUACUUUUUGUGGAACUAUAGAGUAUAUGGCUCCUGAAAUUUUAAUGAGAAGUGGGCAUGGUAAAGCAGUCGAUUGGUGGAGUCUUGGUACUUUGAUGUAUGACAUGCUCACAGGAUCUCCUCCAUUUACAUCUACUAACAGGAAAAAGACAAUAGACAAAAUUCUACGAGGCAAAUUAAAUCUUCCUCAAUAUUUAACACCCGAUGCCAGAGAUCUAAUAAGAAAGCUGCUGAAGAGACAAGUCGCACAAAGGCUAGGUACUGCACCAUCGGAUGCUGAACAAAUAAAAAAUCAUCAAUUUUUUAAACACAUAAAUUGGAACGAUGUUAUAUCACGAAAAUUGGAACCACCAUUCAGGCCAAUAUUGGCAAGCGAAGAUGAUGUAUCCCAAUUUGACAAGAGAUUUACAACUUCCGCCCCUAUAGAUUCACCUGCAGAAUAUACUCUGAGUGAAUCAGCUAAUAGAGUAUUUCAGGGAUUCACAUAUGUAGCACCAAGUAUACUUGAAGAUAUGUACUCCCAACCAAGAGUUAUAAAUGCUAGAAGUCCUCGCAAAGGCAAUAUACGUGGUUUCUCACCAAGAAAUACACAUUUCCAUUUGCAUAAUUCGCAUUUGCAAAAUCAUAGGCAUAAUGGUGUAGGGCAUAACAAUGUGGAAGACACAGAAAUGAUAGAGAUAGGCUAACUGUCACUUCUUAAAUAGCGAAAUAAUGCUUAGCAUUCUGGCCUAACUGCUGAAUAUCCGUGACCAAUCCUCGUGUCUCAGGGAGGGAAUUUUAUAAGCAUACAAAAAGAGAAUAGCAUAGGAUGGGUCUGAUCUUAAUUGCUUCAAAGGAUAUUCAGCAGUUAUGUUUAGCUAAUUUUUUUUUAAUCAAAUAUAACAAUUACGAAUUUAUCAACUAAUAUUACGUUUUAAAAAACGAUGUGUGUGCAGCGGUUGUUGGUAUCAAUUUAAGUAACACAUCUGAUCUGUUAUAAAGGAAAAUUAUUAACCUAUUAACCGGGGACGGAUGAAAAUAUUUACCUUCUUUUAUAUGAUAUCAAAGAUUAAAUAAAUCAGUUUUAUUUUUAUUUCUCAUUGCGCUAUUAGAGCAACGUUAUAUGUGCAAUUUUUACAACUUAUUUUAUUUGAGAUCUCCCCGAUUAACAGGUUAAUUUUAAGUUGAUAUUUUAUUAGUAAUUGUAAUAAGAAUUAUACGUUUUAUAUUCAUAUUUACACAAUUUAACUCUUUUGUGAUUCACGUUAGUAUAUAUAUAUAUGUGUACGAAUAUUAAUAAGAUAAUAUCAAUUUUGUAGAUUUUAUUUACAAAAGAUAAAUGUAAAACAACGAAAAUGGUAAAAUGCUGCCAUCAACCGCUCUGUUGCUUUAAUCUAUUUUUUCAUGCUAACAUACUAUUUGAUUAUUUAUAAAUUAAUUUUAGCAGCACAUUGAUUAUUUAUGCAAUUAAUUUUAGCAGCAAUAACGUUUCUAUGGGAGCAACGAUAGCAUAUUUUGCCUAAAUAAUAGUCAAAGUUAGAUGCAUUUAUGCAAAUGAAGCAAUGGAAUUGCAUUUUUACAGUUUAAAGUUCCUACAACAAAAAAAUUGCAAUAUAUACGAAUAUUUUGCUCACAUGACAUAAUAAUAUUGACUAAUAGAAACAUAUGAAAGAUAGCGUAUAAUCUUUAGCAAUUUUUUCAAAAUGCAAUUGUUCCAGAAAUAGCAAUUUACUCUAUAAGCAUGCUGCCAUAGCAACCAUAUUACUGCACAACUGAAAAAUCUAUAAGAAAUGAAGAGUUUUACAUUCGUUCCUAUAUUUUACACUUGUUAAUAGUGUUUUUUAAUUACAAAGGAACGUGAAUGAUACAAGUUACCUUGAACUUAUUCUUUUUUCUUUUCUUUUUCUUUUUUUGUUAAUUAAUGCAAUAUUGACUAUAGACAUAUAUAUUCAUAGAUAAAUUAUAAUACAAAAUAUAAGCAAGAGUAACUAUUUGAUGCUCAGCAAAUUUCCAAACUACCCAAGUGUUCACUGGCCAUGAUAUCUGGCAAACAUUACAUUUAACUAUUUACAAUAAUUCCAUGGUCGAGAUGUAAUAUUAACCCAAUAAUAAAGAACUUUUCUCUAUAUAAUUUGUGCUUAACUAUUAAUUCAAUAUAUAUACACUUAAUGUUGCAUUUCGACUAUGUACGCAAAUAAAUGCGUAUAAUAAAUAUACACAUAAGAUUAUAAUAUUCGCAGUUGUAUUGUAAUGUAAAAAAUAUCUAUUCGACAAAAUAUGAUUAUUUAUAAGCUAUUAUUAUAUGUAUCAAAGAACGUACACUUUCAAUGUUAAAUUAAGAAUGUGCCUACAGAGUUUUCAAGAUGCUACUAAAAACUAGAACAAUGUGCCGAAUUUAGAAAUCUAGAAGGAGGACAUAAUAUGGAGCAUAUUAAAAACUGUCGUUACAAUCAUUGUUGAAACAAAUCACUGUUAAAAUCAAAUAAGAUUAGAAUUCUUUUUCUUUCGCAAUUUCAAUUAUGUAUAAUCAUCUUUUUAUGAAGAAAGUAUAACUCAAAAAAAAAAGAGAGAGAUCUAUUAUUCAUUAUCAAUUAUUUUGUAGAACCGAAUAAUGAAGAUUAUAGUGAAAUACUAUUUCCAAAUAUAGCAAAUAGAGAACUUUGUAGUUGAAUUCUUAAAACUCUAAUGAUGUGCUCUCAAACAGACUGUGACAUCGAUACUCAUUGUUAUGACCCAUUUUUAACAGGACCUAAAUAAGGAUUAUGGCGCUACAUGUUAUUAUUCUUAAGGAAUUCUUGCAAAUUAAUAUAUCAAAUAUUUAUCAUGGUACUAUACGUUUAAUUAUUUACAAGUCUGUUUUUAAGAAAAAAAAAGAAACAAGAAAAAACAAGAUUGACAAAAAA